AUGCCUGUGCACCGUCCCACGCAACAGAAGGUCGAGAAGGAGAUAGCCUCGAGGAGAACUCACCGCAAAUCGCGGCUUGGCUGCCUCAAUUGCAAGAGGCGAAGAAUCAAGUGCGAUGAGACGAAACCGUCGUGCUCAAACUGCGUUAGUCACUCAAUCCACUGCAAGUACGCAGCCGCAUCUCAACCAGCAACCACGAGGCCGAUUGAGUCCGAGGCGGCGGCCGAUCAUGGCAGUCAACCCGAUGCUCCCGUCGCCAGCCUGAAUUUGACCGACCUGGAGCUGCUGCACAACUACUAUGUGCGGACGAGCAAGACGUUCGGCGAAGCCAGCACCUUUAUCUUCUGGGAGAUUAACGCACCCCAAAUCGGCUUCUCCUACCCCUUCGUGCUGCACCUAAUCCUCGGCUUCUCGGCUCUGCACAUAGCGCGCACUCUCUCAACUUCCCAAGCAGACCGGGAGCGCUACAUUUUCCUUGCCGACCAGCACUACGGCGUUGCGAUUGAUGCCGUCACCGAACUUCUCCCCCGCAUCAAUACCACAAAUGGGCACGCACUGUACCUCGCCGCCAUGCUCAUCUGUUUCUUCAGUUUCGCACGUGGCCCGCAGCCCGACGAGUUUAUCGCCUUCUCUGCCCACGGCCCCGCCGAGUGGCUCGGCCUCUACAAGGGCAUGCGCUUCGUGGUCGAGACAUCAGGCAAUGUGCUUUUUGAAGGUCCGCUCGCACCUAUGCUGCGUGCAGCCAGACGUAGCCUCCCCAAAGGCUUGACACAUAAUGACGAGUGCCGUCCUGUCACUGACCCCGAUGCCCCGUCUCUUCGUCCUGGCGAACACGAGCGAAUGCAAGCUUUACGCCCACUGGUCGACGCGCCGAGUCCGUUCCGUGAGGCGUAUCGCCUUGCGCUUGAUAAUCUCUCGUGCUGGUACACGCCCGGGUAUCUGGACGGCUCCUCUUCUUCCGGCGGCAACAGUGAUGAUUGCACCGAUGAUGCCGGCGCCGGCUCGCGCUUACCGUUAUUCUUCACAUGGAUUUACAUCCUCCGCGAUGACUUUGUGGCCUGUCUUCAGGCCAAAGAACCUAUUGCGCUGAUCGUUUUCGCGCAUUUUGCCGUGCUGUUGCGGCGCUUCGACUCGUUAUGGGUGCUGGCGGGAUGGGCGCAGCAUAUCAUAUCUGGCAUCUAUGACUUCCUGGACGAAGGGUGGCGGGGUUGGCUGGCAUGGCCGGCCGAGCAGAUUGGAUGGACUCAGGGGGAGAGGAUGUGA